AGCUUGUGGAGAUCUUCCUGUCAGCAGGCCGCCCGGGCUCGGUCGGGGCUCUGAUGAAUGUCCUUCCUGAGGCUCUGGCACUGGAAUUUGCUCAGGCAGAAGAGCCACCAGCUGCGUGUUUGUGAUAUUUGUGAUAUUCUGGAAGGAGUACAUGCCUCCUGCUUCUCUGUAAACAUCAUCUGUGCCCUCUCUGGCCUGCACACUGAGCUGAUAGGAGCCUGGGGUUAAUUGUGGCCUGGGAGGGGGAAACCGUAUGGUUAGAAAAUGACUAGUAGUAUUGUCCACACCAGCUAUGUGAGGUUUGAACUUACUCCAGAUGCUCAUUCGGUGCAGCUGACAUUUUUGUUCUGUUUGCAAAGUCUUCUGCUUUGUACUAAGUGGUUUAGCAGGAUUGGCCUGAUCGAGUCCCUCAACCAGAAACCACCGUCUACCGGCGACCAGCCCCAGCCCACAGACACGACCCAUGCCACCCGUAGGAAAGCAAGUGGGUCCGACGCCCCCUCGGCCAAUGGCGAGGCAGGAGGCGGAGGAGGAGGAGGGGAGCCCACCAAAGGCUACACCGCGGACCAGGUGGCCGCCGUGAAGAGGGUGAAGCAGUGCAAAGACUACUACGAGAUCCUGGGCGUGAGCAGAGGCGCCUCCGAGGAGGACCUGAAGAAGGCCUACCGCAAGCUGGCCCUCCGGUUCCACCCCGACAAGAACCACGCGCCCGGCGCCACCGAGGCCUUCAAAGCCAUCGGCACAGCGUAUGCCGUGCUCAGCAACCCGGAGAAGAGGAAGCAGUACGACCAGUUCGGUGAUGACAAGAGCCAGGCGGCCCGGCAUGGCCACGGCCACGGGGACUUCCACCGUGGCUUUGAGGCCGACAUCUCCCCCGAAGACCUCUUCAACAUGUUCUUUGGCGGCGGCUUCCCGUCCAGUAACGUGCACGUCUACAGCAACGGCCGGAUGCGCUACAACUACCAGCAGAGGCAGGACCGCAGGGAGAACCAGGGGGACGGCGGACUGGGGGUGUUUGUCCAGCUGAUGCCCAUCCUCAUCCUGAUCCUCGUGUCGGCUCUCAGCCAGCUCAUGGUCUCCAGUCCGCCCUACAGUCUGAGCCCACGGCCGUCGGUGGGCCACGUCCACAGGCGCGUCACUGACCACCUGAACGUCGUCUACUACGUGGCCGACACCUUCUCCGCGGAGUACACGGGCUCCAGCCUGAAGACGGUGGAGCGCAACGUGGAAGACGACUACAUCGCCAACCUCCGCAACAACUGCUGGAAGGAGAAGCAGCAGAAGGAAGGCUUGUUGUACCGGGCCCGCUACUUCGGCGACACAGACAUGUACCACAAAGCACAGAGGAUGAGCACCCCGAGCUGCAGCCGACUGUCAGAGACCGUGAAAUCCCUGGAGAAUUUUUGGUGACAUGCACUGAGCCAAGGUGAUGAUGAACUGUAUAUUUCAGGAAAGACAUAAAAAAGGAAAAAACAUUAAAAUGGACUGGAGGCCGAACGCCACACAACUGUCCUCUCUCCCACCCAGUCCGUGCAGGAAGCUCUAGGACAGCCAGGACACCUGCCUGCUGCUUCCCUCCCUCCCGGGCUGGCCGAGGCGCGGGCUGCACAUCGCUCUCCUAGGAUACAGAAACCAUGGCAACAGAAGCAGAAUGUAAAACUUAGCAAAUGUCUCCGGGAAGGGCUGGGGGAGGGGACCCCACUGCCUUUCUCCCCCUCCCAGGAGCCACCACCAGUCACCUCAGAGGAAUCCAGGCAGAGGCGUAGGCCGAGGAUAGAGAGGAGGAGGAGGAGGACAGAGAACUUUCCAGAAAUGUAAUUUAUAGAUGCGUGUAUAUGUAUAUAUAUCUAUUUAUAUGUAAAUAGCACAUAUAAAGAUAUAUAUAGAUAUAUAUAGUCUACUUUGUAAACUGCAGGGAUUUGGUGGAUUGUUUAGCUGAUUUCUUCCCUGAUUUAGAAGACGGACUGUUUGGGGAAGGCAGCCUGGUCCUUCGACAGAAGGACAGUCGGUCAGAGCUUCUAACAUUCCCCUCAAUCCAGCCUGGCUUGGAUGGCAGCAGCAAUCAUGAUGGUGUGAGUCGUAGGACGCUCUUGAAGACGCCAGGCUGACGGUCAGGCUGGAGAGGAGAGAGGGCCCUGAAGGCCAGGGCCAGGUCAGGGUUGAGUUGAGGGAGAGGCCCCAGGCAGCCUCUGGGGUGAGACCAUCCACCUGAAGCUCCGGCCAGCUCGGACGGGCUCUGUCCUGGUGCCCAGGAGCCCCCUGACCUCCUGCCACAGAGAGCGAGGCUGGAAGAGGGACCAGGCUCUGCCCAGCCACCCCCUCACCCCAUCCCUGAGUGAGUCUUGCCUUAUAGGUGCCACAGGGCACAGCUCCAUGUUGCCACUGGUUUUUCCUGAGUCGCACACCGACGACUCCAGAGGGCUCUUCCUCCAAGAGUCAGCCAGCUGGUCCAGACCCCAGGCCGCAGCUGACACCUGAAGAAAGCCAGGGCCUGUGACACCUCUGUCUCUGUCUCUGCCUCCGCGGACACGCCGCCUGCCUUCUGCCCCUGGGACAAAGGACGCAUCUGGACAGAAGGGUCCUCGUCCUCACCUUCAGAUGAGGAUUUUUUUCUCUCCAAACAGCAGUUGCUGCCAGGGAGAGAGGGGGGUUUUAUUUAUUCCCAGUUUCGGCUGGGUCUUUCGGAACUGCCGUUCUCCUCCCGGACUGUCCCCUGGCGCUGGGUGAACCAUCGAGCCUGCCAUCUCCCGAAGCCUUACUCCCCACGCUGCCAGCGAGGAGGCAGCCGCCCUCCCGGAGUUCCUCCUGGCUCCUUUUGUAAAGUCCCCAACGAGCAGGAUUCUUUCUGGGAAAGGAAGCUGGUCAAGAAAUGUCAGCUCUGGUUUCGGAACAAGAUCCUGCCCUGUGAGGACGCGGCCGCCCGGCCCAGAGAGAGGCUAAGAGCUGGACGUGGGCAGGAGUGCCCGCCAGGCAGCCCUGGUGCUCUGCCCCACCGCCCUGGCGGCUGGCCUUGGCAGCUGUCCCCAGACGGGCUGAGCCAUGUGCAAUAAGAACAUAGAUCCCAAAGGAUCCCCGAGAAGCUGUAUUUCUUGAAUUAGAAUUCUGAAAUUGUACAUCUAUAAAUAUGUUUAUUAUGUGA